ACACCCACCACACCACAGCCGUAAAAAUCAAAACUUUUUAAAAGAAAAUAUUAUUUACUCAGCACCAGCGAGCCACCUACAAGUAAUAAGUACUAGCUAUCUAGUACCACUGGAAGUCCUCUCUCUCUCUCUCUCUCUCUCUCUCUCUCUCGUCCUUCUCUCCCGCCUCCACUCAAAUCCACCCAUAAACAACUCCACUCAAGCCAAAUACAUACUAUCAUCCACCCAUCUCAAUCCAAAUCCUUUAGUUUCUCAUCAACAAAUCAACCCACCUCGGACAAUUCACCCAUACCCUCCCUGAUAAUGAACGGAGAUCGGAUAAAGGCUUCUGCAAUUGCUAAAGCGAAGGAAUCUAUAACUAAAAAUUCGAAUGCGCAUGCUAUGAAAAAAAGGAAGAAAGAUUCGUUAAAACCAAUCAUCACAACCGAGCAAGACUCUGAAUCUUCCAAAAUGGCUUCUGUUCAAGCCCGUGCAGGGUAAGUCACCUAAAUGUCCCACUUUCUAACCUUCCAACCCUCCUACUGUUCAGGUGCAGCGCCUCGAAAUAUAACACCCCCUCUCCAACAAGGCGGCGCAAAAUGCUGCAGUCUACUUAUUUUCUUUCAACAUGAUGAGUUCAAUGCUUCAAAAUUUGCUAACUAGAAUCGAUGAUGGAAAUAGAUCUACUUCGGGAACAAAUCGCGAUCCAUCAUCCUCUUCCUCUAGAGAAGACGCUGCAGAAACCACUGCCGACGAAGAAGAUUCCGAAGAUUACUGCAAAGGAGGUUAUCACCCAGUGCAAGUGGGUGAGAACUUCAAGGAUGGCAAAUAUACCGUGGUUCGAAAGUUAGGAUGGGGUCAUUUCUCGACCGUGUGGCUUUCCAAAGACAACGUCACUCAGAAACAUGUUGCUUUGAAGGUUGUACGGUCUGCAGCGCAUUACACAGAAACGGCAAUAGACGAAAUCAAAUUACUGAAUAAGAUUGUUGGUGCUAAGCCAGACCACCCAGGUCGGAAGCAUGUUGUUAGUCUGUUGGAUUCUUUCGAACAUAAAGGUCCUAACGGCACGCACGUUUGCAUGGUGUUUGAAGUUCUUGGAGAAAACUUGUUGGGUUUGAUCAAAAGAUGGAACCACCGCGGAAUUCCUAUGCCUCUUGUUAAACAAAUUACAAAACAAGUUCUAUUGGGUCUGGAUUAUCUACACAGAGAGUGCGGCAUUAUACACACAGAUUUGAAGCCGGAGAACGUACUGAUAGAAAUUGGAGAUGUGGAGCAGAUCGUGAAGACAUUCGUCAAAGAGGAUACAAGCAAGGACAAGGAAGAUAAUCGAAAUGGUCGAAGAAGACGGCGAACUCUUAUUACUGGAAGUCAACCAUUACCAAGUCCAUUGAACGCCAGUUUCAAUCAUGCAGAUCUGAUGAGGUUUCCUGGCAGCACUCCAGGUUCCCAUGGAAGUUUAAAUCAAAUGUUAAGCGAUAGUAAAUAUACUCCAUUGGAAUUACCUGGCAAUGGAUAAGAUUCUAAUGGUUGGUGCAAUAGGUCGUUCUAACAAUUCUUCACCUCAAAAAGAAAAGGCAGAUGAGGAUAACCACACGACACGAGAGAAGACUGCGUAAGUAGUUAUUUCCAUGCCAUUAAAUGUCAUUUCUAACCUGAUUCUUAGCGAUAUUCUUACAGAUAAGGUCUCUGGUAUAUCUCUCGACAAAAACUCUGGUGAAAAGAAAAAGGCAGAGGAUGCAAACCAAUUCGAUAUAAUAUCAGUCAAAAUAGCCGAUUUGGGGAAUGCAUGCUGGACUGGACAUCAUUUUACAAAUGACAUUCAGACAAGGCAAUAUCGAUCACCAGAAGUUAUAUUGGGUUCAAAAUGGGGUGCUUCUACAGAUGUUUGGAGUAUGGCUGCUAUGGUAAAUUUGUCCACCCAUCUUACAAGUACUAUAUCUAAUCUUUCAAUCAUUAGGUCUUUGAACUUAUUACCGGUGAUUACCUCUUCGAUCCUCAAUCUGGGACCAAAUAUGGCAAAGAUGAUGAUCAUAUUGCUCAAAUAAUCGAACUUCUCGGACCCUUCCCAAAAUCCCUUUGCUUGUCUGGCAAAUGGUCGCAAGAAAUCUUCAAUCGAAAAGGUGAACUACGAAAUAUUCAUCGAUUGCGUCAUUGGGCCCUACCAGAUGUAUUGAAGGAAAAAUAUCAUUUCAAAGAAGAUGAAGCGAAGAAGAUUGCAGAAUUUUUAACCCCUAUGUUGGAAUUAACGCCAGAGAAGAGAGCAAAUGCUGGAGGGAUGGCCAGCGCACCAUGGUUGGAAGAUACGGCUGGUAUGAAAGGGGUGAAGAUUGAGGGUUUGGAAGUGGGGAGCAAAGGUGAAGGAAUCGAAGGGUGGGCAUACGAAGUUAGGAAAAGAUAAGAAUUAGAUUGAUGUCUGGAGAUGAUAGAGCGUAGGGGAUGUCUUUCUCAUGAAACUCAGGCGUAGAUGCUGGGGGUUUGGUGGGUGAAUGGCCAUUUUCUGGUGGUUGAUCUUGUGGGAUUCGUAUCUACGAAAUGGUGGCAUUGAAAUGCAGUAUUUAUCACGAACGACGACUUUCACACAUAGUAUAAAUGAGAAUCGAGAGAUGAGAUGACGAGAAGAAAUAAGAUGUAAAGACGGAAAUGGAGAGGUAGUGUAGGGGUAGGGUAGGAGUAGAUGAAUGGAUAGAAUGGAUGAAAUGAAUGAAAUGUAAUUAAAUGCCUACCUACCUAGGAAAGCAAGAUAUAAAAUCCAAAAUCC